AUGGGAAGCGUUACGGAAUCUGGAGCCGCUCAUGCAGCAGUUCUGUCAGGGCGAGUGGGGCAAGGGCCGCUGUUGGCUGCUGUGAGCGACGAUGACGAGGACACCAUCGUGUCUCUGUUUGAGAACGCAACGGCGUCAGUAGUGUCUAUUAUGAAUGUGGAAGUGAAUGGCAGCGGCAAGGGAAAGGGAGGAGCUGGAGAGGAGGUCAUGGAAGGAAUCGGCUCCGGUUUUGUCUGGGAUGAUUACGGUCACAUAGUCACCAACUACCAUGUGGUUGCCAAGCUGGCGACUGACACUUCUGGGCGGCAAGCUUGCAGGGUGUCUCUUCUUACCCCAUCAGGCGCCAUGCAGACGUAUGCAGCUACUCUUGUUGGCACCGACCCAUCCAGAGACCUUGCUGUGCUCAAAGUAGACUUAUCUCAGCCUGUACCAGCAGCAGCGGAUGCAGAUGCAGCAGCAGGCGGUGUAGUAGCAGUAGCAGCACCAGCAGCACCGACCCUGUACCCCAUUCCUGUGGGCUCGUCGUCCGACCUGAGGGUGGGCCAGAGCUGCUUCGCCAUUGGCAAUCCCUAUGGCCUGCAGCACACACUCACUGCUGGGGUCAUCAGCGGGCUAGGCAGGGAGAUUCCGGCACCAACAGGUGCUGCCAUCAGGGGAGCGAUUCAAACCGACACGGCAAUCAAUGCAGGUAACUCUGGUGGCCCUCUGCUUGACUCCUUCGGACGAAUCAUCGGAGUAAAUACUGCAACUUUCACUCGAUCAGUUGACACGGUCAGGAGAGUGGUGCCCCGACUUAUUGUCUAUGGUGCUCCUAGACCACCAGCUGUGUAG